UCUUUGGGGACUGUGGCAGUCAGUUUUGUGGUGGUUGCUCCUAUAGUAAGUACUAUUACGGCAAUCACGAUUGUGUGCUUCUUCAAGGUUUAUCGGGGAUAAAGAAUUUAGAGUUAAUAAGUCAAUCUCAAUUGUUUAUCGGCAGGAUGGAUUUUAAAUGGCACGUUAUGUUUAGCCAGUUGAAAACAUUGUUGCUUAGUGAGUGGUGUAUGGCUGCAGACUUCAGUGGACUAAUUUACUUUGUCCAGCACUCGCCAGUUCUAGAGAGGCUUACCCUUCAUCUUAAAUAUUAUGAGGAAGAAUCUGCGAUCGAAACAGAAGAAAGCUACAACCCAAGGUCACGAUUCUUGGUAUCGAAGCAUCUAAAGGUAGUUGAAAUCAAAUGUCGCAAGGAAGACGAAACAAUUCACCAGAUUGUAAAGAUCCUUGGUACCCAUGGAGUACCUCCUGAGCGCAUUAACAUCAAGCCGAAUUUCCAUGAUUAUGGCCUCGGGUGUUUCAGUUUUGAGUAAAAGUAGUUCAGCUAGUCAACUAGUAUCUUGCUCAUUUGCACUGAAUGCCACUAAAUUUGGUGCCGUGAGGUUGCUGCGUUCUGUCUACCGGGGUUGGAUCAUGCGCCUCUCUGUUCCUUUCUGAAGAACUCAAUAUAGAAUUUCUUAUGUGAGUUGCUUGGAUGCACUAGUGUACAUCUAAAUAGAUUUCUUGUUUCCUGAACUUGAUAUCUGGUCUGAACGGAUUUCCGUCUUGGACAUCUGAGUUUUAGUUAGUUGUUUCAGGACUUAUCUAGCACUAUAACUUAUGUUGAUAUGUAUUGUACUAUGAAGUAAACUUUGAUGAUGCUUAAAGAUGUUUUGCAGACUAUGUAUUUACCUGAAAAUAUUUGGCAACGCUCA